AUGUAUUCAACUUUGACAAGGCCGCAACCUCCUGUUCCAUAUAAAACAAUGUAUACGCAAAUAUCUUCUAAUCCAGUAAUCUAUCCAGAUGAAAUAUACGAUACAUCAACAGACACAGGAAUAUCAUUAAAUCAACCUAUUGGAAAUAAUUAUUUAACAAAUAAUGGUACAAAUAAUUAUAAUUAUGGAACUUAUACUAGUCAAGUAGAUAAUAUUAAAAAUAAUGAUUUAAUUUUUAAUACAAUUCAUGGUAUUGAUAAUAAUAGUAAUAAUUAUGAUGGUGAACAAAUACCUCAAUACCAUGAUAAUGAUAAUUUUAAAGAAAUAUAUUUUUCAAAUAGAGAUAUAAAUAAUUUUAAUAAAAGUCAAUUAGUUACAGAAACUGAUAUGGAAUUAGGUACUGAACCAUAUCAAAUAAGAACAGUUUUAAGAAAUGCACCAAAUCAAAUAGAAACAAAUAAUCCAAGACAAUUGCUUAUUGAAACAACUUCUUUAGAAAAAAAAUAUAACUCUAAUUGCUCAGCAAUAAUCGACCGAAUAAUACGACCAAUGGUAUCUGAAUUUAUUGCCGUUACAUUUAUUACAUUCAUUUAUUAUCAUAUUAAUGAAGAACUUCAAGAUAGAUAUUUACAAAAUCUUCAAAAAAUUAUAUUAAUGUCAUUUCUGGAAGCAUUAAUAAUGACAUGUUUAUUGACAAUCUUUCAAACUGUUCAUAUGUCACCAAUGAUAUCAAUAGCACAUCUUUUUGCUUUGUCAACAUCAUGGUUUAUUUGUAUUAUUAUGAUAUUUACACAAUUUGCAGGAACAGUAGCAGGAAUUUUAUUAUAUAAUGUUACAUCAAAUAGUUUGGAUAUAAUACAACCAGCUUUAAUUGAUAAUUUAAAAGUAGAAUGGAAAAUAGUAAUGAUAAAGUUAGUUGUUUGUCAAUUUGUUGGAACGAUGCUUAUAGUUAUGUGUAAUUUAAUUAUUACAUACCGUUAUGGAAGAGGGGCUAUAUUUAUAGGAAAAAUAAUAAGAGGUCCUUUAUGUUAUUUUACAAGUAUAUUUUUAGCCUCCUUUUUAUCACUUCUUCAUUCAACUGUUUCAUGGAAUCCAUUACAAGCAUUUUCACUAUCAUUUUUAGAAUCUAUACGCUAUAAUAAUAUUCAAGUUUGGGAAAAUCAUUAUAUUUUUUGGUCUGGACCACUUUUAGGUACACUUGUAGCAGUUGUUUUAUAUAGAGUAAUAUUUGCGCAAGAUGGAAAGCGUUUAAAUAUUUUCUAUUGGUGUGGUCCAUCAAAUAAAAAAUCUAACUCACAGACAUUAGUUAGUGUGCCAAAUAAUUUAGAAAAUGGUAAUUGCUGUCGAUACAUGUCUCAGCAUGUAUAA